UGAUUUUGUACCAUAUUUUAAAUUAAUCCAACAAUAUAGGCAUAUAGCAAUGUUCAACCACUUACUAUAUACGAAGUACAUUAUAAUGAAAACACGUGAUAACUCUAAUGAGAUAUUUGUACAUAAAUUCUUGUCAAAUCUAAGAGAGAGAACUCAAAAAAAAAAAAAAAAAAAAUAAACUUUACUCCGUAUAAUAAGAACAAAUGAACAAUAUUAGAGUGUACUCUAAUGCAAUUUUUUUUAGAAACUUGACAAAUAUUUAUCUCCUUUUUUUUUCACUUUCUCAAUCAUCUUCCUCAGCAGUAGUAAUGGCAAUUACUUUCUUUCAAAAAAAAAAAAAAAGUAAUGGCAAUUACUAAAAUAUGUCCAAAAAAAAUAAAUGGCAAUUACGUCUACAAUUCACUUAUUUGAUGCAUGCACCACGUCUAGAUUAUCUAUCAAACGUACGUGUAAACUUUCCUCGUUGUGGUAUGCCAAGUUUCCAAAAACAUUUCCUACAAAAUAAAAUUCCAAAAAUAUGCAUACUUUAUGUAUUAUAAAUACACCCUUCAUUCAUUUAUUUGCAAAAAACAUCAUAAUACUCCUUUUCUAUAAUAAAAAAACUAGCUAUUAUACGAAAUAUUUGUUAAACACUCUUUAUUUUUUACUUUAAUUCAAUUCAAUUCCCUCUAAACUUUAGCUCUUCACUCUCGCAGAAAAACAACAUGCCAAUACCAUCAGGAGGAUUUGUUCCUCAACAUCAGAAAGAGUACCCCGGAAACGCAACACCUUUUGUGCUAGCAACAUGCAUUGUCGCGGCCAUGGGUGGUUUGAUUUUUGGUUACGAUAUAGGAAUUUCAGGGGGCGUGACAUCUAUGCCGUCGUUUCUAAAGGAAUUUUUCCCAUCAGUAUACAAGAAAGAAGAGCUAGACACUUCAACAAACCAGUAUUGCAAAUUUAAUAGUGAAACCGUUACAUUAUUUACUUCAACAUUAUAUGUAACAGCUUUAUUAGCUUCUUUGGUUGCUUCAACUGUGACAAGGAAAUUGGGUAGAAGAAGAUCCAUGUUAUUUGGAGGUCUUCUCUUUUGUUCUGGUGCUAUCAUCAAUGCUUUUGCACAAAAUGUAGCUAUGCUGAUUAUUGGUCGCGCUCUUCUCGGUUUUGGUGUUGGAUUUGCUAAUCAGUCAGUACCACUAUACCUAGCUGAGAUGGCACCAUACAAGUACAGAGGAGCACUGAAUAUUGUCUUCCAACUCUCAAUCACAAUUGGUAUAUUAGUAGCCAAUGUUGUAAACUAUUUCUUUGCCAAAAUUUAUGACUGGGGUUGGAGGUUGAGCUUAGGAGGAGCCACAAUUCCUGCUAUGAUCAUCAUUAUCGGGUCCAUCGUUCUCCCUGACACUCCAAACUCCUUGAUUGAGCGAGGGAUGUAUGACAAGGCCAUCGAGAACCUUAGGAGGAUUCGAGGAAUUAAAGAAGUAGACAAGGAGUUUAAUGACUUGGUGGAAGCUAGUAAGGCCUCGAAUAAGGUGGAUCAUCCUUGGAGAAACCUGGUUGAAAGAAAGUAUAGGCCUCAUCUUACAAUGGCAAUUGCAAUUCCUUUCUUUCAGCAGUUUACUGGUAUCAAUAUCAUCAUGUUCUAUGCCCCCGUCCUUUUCAAGACUAUUGGAUUUCAUGACAAUGCUUCGCUAAUGUCUGCUGUCAUCACUGGUGCUUUCAAUGUGUUGGCCACUUUUGUUUCCAUCUAUGGUGUUGAUAAAUGGGGGAGAAGGCUCCUUUUCCUGCAAGGCGGGGUUCAGAUGCUCAUCUGUCAAGUAGUUGUCGCGAUUUUUAUAGGAGUUAAGUUUGGGGUGAGUGGCAACCCAGCAGCACAACUUCCCCAAUGGUAUGCAAUGCUGAUUGUGCUCUGCAUAUGCUUGUAUGUCUGUGCUUUUGCUUGGUCAUGGGGUCCACUCGCUUGGCUCGUGCCAAGUGAGAUCUUCCCUUUGGAAAUUCGUUCUGCAGCACAAAGUAUCAAUGUAUCAGUCAACAUGUUCUUCACUUUCGUCGUGGCUCAGGUCUUCCUCACCAUGCUUUGCCACCUCAAGUUCGGCCUCUUCCUCUUCUUUGCCUUCUUCAUCUUUGUUAUGUCCGUGUUUAUCUACUUCUUUCUAACCGAGACCAAGGGCAUACCCAUUGAAGAAAUGAGCAUUGUGUGGAAGAAUCACUGGUUCUGGUGCCGCUUCAUCCCUGAUAAUGAUGAUAAUGACCUUGAGAUGGCCAAGAACAGGCAGCCUCCCAAGAGCAUCAAUUGAAUCUUAUCCGAUUGUGUCCAUUAGACUGACAGAAAAGUUUUAUUUACUUCAUUUAUGCUAAUAUUUACUGCUUUGCUACUUAUUUCUUUAUUUGUUGUUCAUUACUGGCAGAAUAAAUUUGAUUUUAAAUUUUUGGUCAAUGUAGUGUAAUGGAUUCAUUACUAAGUACUGAUAUUCAUAUAUUCAAGUAUGUUCAUUACUGAUCAAAUUUGCCAAGUGCAUUUUUUUUUUUUUUUUUUACUACUUUAACUUCACAUUUCACAAUAGCACCAAAACAUAUAUUUGUCGAAAUUGGACAAAUAACCAAGUACUCGAGAAUCCCAACCCCGGUCAUCUCAUGUAAAGAAAAGAUUGAUCAAA